AUGUCGGCACUGAACCAUCUCGAUCACUGCAGUCUUGUGGCUGGAGGCAAAGCCGGAAAGGACAGUGGGAAGGCCAAGGCUAAGGCAGUGUCUCGCUCCCAGAGAGCCGGUCUGCAGUUUCCCGUGGGCCGCAUCCACAGACAUUUGAAGACUCGCACUACGAGCCACGGAAGGGUCGGUGCCACGGCUGCUGUCUACAGUGCUGCGAUCCUGGAGUACCUCACUGCGGAGGUGCUGGAGCUGGCGGGCAACGCUUCCAAGGACCUCAAGGUAAAGCGGAUCACUCCGCGCCACUUGCAGCUUGCAAUCCGUGGUGAUGAAGAGUUGGAUUCUCUUAUCAAGGCGACCAUCGCUGGGGGUGGUGUGAUCCCGCACAUCCACAAGUCUCUGAUUGGAAAGAAGGGACAGCAGAAAACCGCUUAGAGCAUCGUUUUAACCAACCCCCUUCCUCCCCGUCAUUGUACUGUAACUGGGACAGAAGAAAUAAUGGGGAUAUGUGGAAUUUUUAAAAGAGGCGGAUGGAAAAGCAUAGACAAUUACCGUAGACGCGCUAAGAGACAUUUGUACGUUCUUAGGCUCAAAGUUUGAUAAAGUACCUUUCCAUGUGGCGGCACUCGUGUGUUGAUUGCUAGGGUCCUCCCGUGUGUUUUAUACAAAAAUGGAAUUGAUAAACCAGUUUUUACAAAAA